UGGUGGGUGGUGUUGUUGCUCGUGUUUCUGUGGAUUACCGAAUUUUGUAAUCCGCGAGGGUUGCAGUUAUCUGUUCCUCGCUGGAUUAAGGGUGAUAAUGUGCUUGGAGGUUUUAAAUGGACAAAUAAAGAUGCUCCCCCUUUAUCCCCUCCCCUCCCGGUUUACAGCCGGGCGACGGCUCCUUGGGCAGAGCAGGAGGGAUUCAGGCAUUCCCGAGAGUGGUGAGGUCUGGGCAGUGUCUCUGUAGUGAUCACAUUCCCUGUCUUUAAUGUGCCCAUGGUGACCAAGCUUUUGUUGUCACUAUGAGAAAGGAUUCAGGCCCUAUGGAUUGCUUGCAGCAGCAAAUUAUGAUUCUUUUUCCUUGCUGGAGUUUUUCAGUUCUGUUGAAUGUGUAAUUCCAACUAUGGCAACAAGAGUAGAAAUAAAUUCUACUUUGGCGUCUUUGACGACAGUCCCUGACCUAGCUGAGCUCAGAGCUGAGGAGAAGGCACAGCGUGUGUAUGUCAGUGUGCUUUCAGAUGCCAGCAACAAGGCAAAGGAGGCCUCAGCAUCGCUGACUAUCGAAGAAAACAAGAAAUUUGGGAAUUCCUUGAGAUCUGCAACGAUGCCCUCACUGGGAUCAAGGCCGAGACUUUUCCCAAAGCCUUUUUGUAAAGAGAAAUGCUCAGAUACUUUUGCAAAUGUCAAAGCGCCCGUCCCAGCCUUCAGAUCCAGCAGCAUGGUGAGAAAGACCACUGAGGAGACGUCCUCCGUGAAGGUGCUGAGUGGCAAUGUCCCUCCCUUAGUGGAUCAGAAAGCCAUUGACACUGAAAAUCAGACUGACAUGGUGACAAAUGUGACGUUCUACACGGGCCCCAGUGCCAACACGGUCAUUCUGUUCGAGCCAGGGGGCCCCGAGCAAGCCAAGGUCAGCCUGGACCAGGAGAAGAAAAGGGCUCAGGAGCAUAGGGGAUUCAAGGACCUCCAGGGCUCUGUGAAAGCAGCAGAGACACCCAGGAAUCCUGAGGGGUCUCUCCAUAGGCAUUUGUCAUUUUCUUCCAGUCUCAGACCAGAAUCCUGGAACUCCCUCAAAACCGGUGAAAAGAAGGAUGCUCGUGAAGUUGGUCCUGGGGAGAAAAACCAUGAUGAUGCAAAUAAUCUCAACAAUCAAGUUGAUUUCUCUGUUGAUGUCCAGCAAAGGGCAAAACAUAGACCAGUGUCUGCCAUUUUUCUGGAAUCGUUACGUGAUCAAAAGCAUCACACUGCGGAAGCUUCCGAGGAAAAAUCUCCUACGGAGAAAUCCGGGGUUAGAAAACCAAGGCCUUUAUCCAUGGACCUGACAGCUAAAUUUGAACAUAAAGAUCUUUCUUCUUGCAAGAAGGCUGGUUCAUCUCACGAAAGCAAGGAGAAUGUAUCCAUAAUUGCUUUUACUGAUGUGGGUAGUCAUGAUCAGUCUGAAACGGGGCCAAAACAUGAAGAAAUUGAAUUUAAUAAAAGCAGUUCCUCUAAAACAAAUCUGAAAUGCAGUAGUCAGGACAUUGGCAUUCUAAAUAAUGGGAAAUACACCUGGGAAACUAAACUUAAAUCUAAAAGUGAACAAAUUGAGACAAAGCCAGAAAUAAUUAUUAACUUGCAUGGUCCUGAAAGAAGCCCUGAAACAACCAAUGAAAGCAGAACUAAUAAGGGAGGGAAAAAACCAGACCAGAAGGAAACGUACACACUCCUGGGCUGUGAAAGUCCUGCAGCUUCCUCGGAAAAAGAGAAUAAUAUCUUAAGAGGUAGUGUUAAAAAACACAUCAGUUUGUUUACUUUGGAAAAUCCCAGUGCCACAGUGGAUACAGAGCUUCUCCCAGCAAAUGCUGAGAAGGAAAAUAGGUGUGUGACCAUCCAGCAGAGGAUCAAGGAGCUGACAACAGAAAAUCCUGAUGUGAAGGGAGGAAAUCUGCGCCGGUCACUGCAGUCACGGCCGCUCUCUGCAGACUUAACCAAGAUGUUUUCAAGUCCAACAUCAGGGGCUGAAACAAAGCCUGAGAAACCUGGGGAGGCUGGAGCUGACUCUAUCCAUGACCUACAGGAAAAUCCAAAAAGCAAGGAGCUAAAGCUCACCCAUGGCACAGAUUCCACCGAGGCAUUUGCUCCUGGGAAGCCUUGGAAAUCCCGGCAGGUUUUAAAGAUAACCAAUAAACCUGAUCAGCUGGAGAGGAAAGGAAGCUUCCUGGGAGACAGUCAGCAUUUCUCACAGCAGAGUGAGAGUUCUGUCUCAUUCACGAGCAACUUUGAAAAGAAAUUAAACCCAGCUCUUUUGGAAAAGCCCUUCAUUAAAACCGUCCGGGCCACCCUGUUUGAGCACAAUGUGCAGAAGCACAACGUUGUUGCUGAGCAUUCUGGGGCUGAUCCUGCACCAAAAAAGAACCAGGAGCCCGAGGCAAAGCAGGACCUGGUGGUUUCGGGGCACAGACGCUCGUGGGUAGGAGAAGGGGAGGAAAGCACCACUGCAAAGGAGCAUCACAAGCAGCCUGAUCCAUCAAAGCCUCCAGCACUUGUAGAGAAAAGUCCAAAACCAGCUUCUUCAAGUGAAGACAAGAAAAUCAGUCCAGGGAUUGUCUUAGAAAAAUCCUUGGUUGAAAAAAGUGAGAAACCCGCUCCCAAAACUGCAGAAGAUUCUCAAAUUUACCAAAGAAUAGAGCCCAGGUAUGAAAUCUUUCAGACAUGUGGUGAAAGAGCUCUUAGUGAAGCCGUCACAAUGGCUCCUGAGAAAAAGGCCAUGACACUCAGAACUAGAAAAUCAUCUGUGAAAGAGAAUAAAACUGAUGAGGACAUUGUACCUACAGGGCAAUCUGUUAAGGCAAGUAGUCACACUCUUUACUUGAAAGAAGAUAAUAUUUCUUCAGAAGCCAGAGAGGCAAAAGUUCUCACAAGCAAGGUUGUGUUGAGAGAACCUGCAGGUUUUCUCUCCAGUGAAUGCACUUUACCUGAACAGAAAAGAGACUCUGAUAAAACUGAUCCUGAGCCACUGUUUAUAGCUGAGAAAAUACCUUAUUCCACAAACAAAAGUAAAGGUUUGGGAAUGAGUGAAAAAGUCAGCAAGCUACAUGCUGAAAUUAAAGGUGAUAAGAGUGAAGUCUCUUCUGUAGAGAAAUCAGAGAGGAUUAAUGUUGUGAAAUGCUCUUCUGAGAAAAGGAGUUUCAGGGCAGGUGGGACAGACAUCCAUGAAUUCCGAACCAACUUGGAUCGUGAAGUGAUUUCCACCAGUGGCAAUAAACAAGGGGCUCAGGCUUCAGUGCUUGCAAGUGGGCAAUAUUUUAAAUCUUCCAGUAGCAACCCCUCUGAUACAAAAGGUCUGAAUGUUACUAAAGAGGAGUCUGGGGCCUUUGGGUUGAGGAAAAGUCUGGACUUAAAUUGCAAAGAGCAAGAGUUUAGCUUGGCUUGUGCAACUCCUGAAAACAAUGAGAAACUCCAAGGAGCAGAUCCAGAAGAGAAAGUCAGGAGAAGCAGAAGUAGUGUUUCUGACUUGAAGAUUUCUGAAAGGUGGAGGAGGAGGACCUUGCCCCAUGAGUCACUCAAGGUGGAAGAAGUUGUGUGGCUCACUCCUGAAAAUAUCAAGAAGCUGAGCCGGACAGAUUCAUUGCAAUUGAAUGAAAAUUUACUUAAAAAGAGAGGCAAAAAUAUCAAAGGUGGAGUGGAAGGGAGUGAGGCUAACCAAGCUGUUCUUGGCAGUCCUGAUGAUUACAUGAAACAUCAGAGUUCUGUCUUUGAGCCAAAGGCAACUUAUUUUGCAGUGACUUAUCAGAUUCCUGGUAUCAAAAAAGAGAAAAGCUUUGUUGGUGCUCCCAGUGCAAGUGAAAUUAAUACGGUUUCCAGUUCAAGUGAGGCAGCAGCAAUUAAUCUGGACCCUGUUUUUCCUGGAAGGUCCAAGCCUUUAUUGCAGCAACCAAAUAAAAAUGUGACAAGUUCAACUUGUAGAGAAGACUCUUGGGAAGUGCGUAUUAGCAAGGAUUGGGUCAAAGAAGUUGAGAAAGAUGCAGUUUUCUCCAAAAAUGUUGCAUUUGGUGGUUUUCAUUUGUCUAAGAAAGAUAACCAACAGCAUCAUGAAAAAGGUCUGGAUCAUUCUAAAGAGAAAAUUAUAGAUGUUGAUGCUUUCCUGUUAAAUCAUGAUCUGGAAAAUUCAGCUCAAGCUGCUCUUAAGAGUGGCAGAAGGAAAAUCUCCUCUUACCACGAACCCCGGUCCCCGCCACGUUCCGUGCAGGUGCGCAAGGACAGCGAGCUGGGCCCCCAGAAAAGAAGUGACAAUAAUUCUGAUCUGCCUGGAAGGAAAGCUGAGGAUGGGUACAGGUCCCAAAUUCUCGAUAUCGAUGCGCUUAUGGCAGAAUAUAAAGAAGAAUCAGCAAAGGCCAGUAAAGUUCAGGAGAAGCUCUCUGAAGAUCUCGGCUCUCUGAGCAGGGAGAAAUCCAAGAACAAAAGAAAUGUGUCGGAUAGGAUGACUCUUACCUACAGCUGGAACGAGUGGAAGAGUGCAUCAGACCACUAUUCAGUUAAUAACAAACCAGGUGAACGUGCAGAAGAGCAGCACAGGCCAGAGAAACUAAUCCAAAAUGAAAAGAGCAAAGAGAAACUGGAAUUACGGAGCCCAGAAUUUGAUAAGCAGAAGUCCAAAGACAAAAAGGUCAGCCCUCCUUACUGGGGAAACCCCAGCAGCAUUUUUCCAGAGAAGUUGGUAAACUCACCUGUGGAAUUUGCUAGGAAGAAAACUUUCAUUGUUGAUGAGGGCGAGGAAGUGAACCUGACCUCCAGAAAUCAGGGUGCAAAAUUUGUCAUCGAAAAGGUGCAGCCCAUAAAUGCAGUGAGUACAGAGCAGAGGCUGGAGGUCAAUCUGGCCUCCAAGUUGUCCCUAAAGGCUGAUGAUGGGCUCUUGCAGAAGAAGUUGGUGACAAAAGAACAGAUCUUGGAGGUGUCUCCAGAGGUCGACUGGAGCAGAAACAUAGUGAGGAGCGCUACGCUGAGAAGCAAGGACAGCACAAAUAAAAUGUUUGAGGGCGACUCUUUCAAAAGUAAGAGCGAUUGGAAGGGCUGCAUGUCAGGGUUUGGGACUGUCCCCGCAGAUCUCAGACGAUCCUACUCGGAGAAAUGCCGCCAAGGAAGGGACAGCCUGCCCCUCAUGCAGGAGAUGAGGGCGAGGAAGGACCUGCAUCGAUCCAGGCCAAGCUUCCCCUUGGAAAGUGUGGAUAACUCCUGGAAGCACAAGGUGUCAGCUCAGUCAGAACCACUCUUCCAUGAGGAUAAAAAGGCUCCCAGGAAAGAGUGGAACAAGCAGAGCUCAGACAAAACAGAGGGAACAGACUUUUCCCCACUGUCUACACAGAGGAGCCACCACAUUUUCUACAAGGAGAGAAGAGCAGAUUUUGGGAUGGACCAGCUGAGGCAAUGCUUCUCCAGGCAGCCGCCGGGGGCGAAGGACACGGACACGCUGGUGCAGGAGCCCGACAGCCACUACGGCACCUGGAGCCAGCAGCGGCACAGCGGAGACAGCUUUGUGGGAGAAUCUCCUUCCCUGGACACGGAGGCGGGGUCGGGGCGGAAGCAGCCCGCGGGCAGCCACGCGUCCUCGCUGUCCUCGCAGACAGAGCCUCCCUCCCUGCCUGAGCACCAUGACUUCUCCAAAGAGCCACGGAGCACCAGCCUGGACCGCUCCAGCACGGACAUGGACUCCACGGAUGGCACUGAUCUGCCUCCUCCAGGGGACACGCUCCCCGAGGACAAGAGUUAUUUCUCCUUCAUUGAUCACACAGCUGUCCUGGACUCCAGUGCUCUGAAGACUCGGGUGCAGCUGAGCAAGAAGCGGCGGUGCCGGGCGCCCGCGUCGCACUCGCUGCGCAGGAGCAGAGGGCUGGACCUGGAGAACAGGUUUUCCUUGACAGAAGAACCAGAUAAUGGCUGGAUGUUCAAAGAUUCCACAGAAGAGAAGAAAACUAUGCAACAGGAAGAUUCUGAGGAGGAAGAGAAGAUCCAGCACACUCCGAAGUCAUCUUCUGUGCAAGCCCAGAGACUGCCCGUGUUCCCAGGGAUGGAUCACUCUGUUCUCAAGGCCCAACUGAGGAAAAGACAGGAGUCUGAGAGCACUGGUGACAUCGGCUCUGCUCAGCUCUUCAAAUCCCCCAAAGCACAGCUCGGCACUCCCGGCAGCAGAGUGCUGCCCUCCAGUGUGGAAAAGGAGGACAGGUCAGAAGAAAAGUCUCCUCAGUGGCUGAAGGAGCUGAAAUCAAAGAAGAGACAGAGCCAUUAUGAGAAUCAGGUUUGAAAAGACAGUGAAUCUAACUAGGAGAAGAUAAAGAAGUUUAACAGAAGCCUUAACUCAUCUGAACCUAAACCCCCAUGUCAUGUUGCUGCUGUUUGCUUCCUGCCUCAACUGCUCUGUGCAUGGUGCCUUCCUGUUUUGUGGAGAAAAGCUGCUUCAAUUCAUAGUCAAAUACAAAGCUGUGUCUGUCAGUUGUGGGGACAGUGGCACUUCAGACCUGCCUGCCAGGAGAACCCCCCUGGGUCAUGGGUGGCACUUCAGAAAGUCUUGGAAAACAGAGAUAUCUGGGAGUGCUGUGAUCCAGGGAACUCCCCUCACCGUGGAGCAGACUCUGUAGGUGUUCACCUCUGGGAGAUAUCUGGCUGGGCUUUGUGUUUGUUUAUGAAAAUAAUAAUUUUAAUCAAAUUUAUCUUUUUUUUUCUUUUUUUUUUUUUUGUGAACAAAUAGUAAGCUCCUAUUUAGAAUGAAAUUUGUGGAAGGUGAGAGUGGAAGAACAAAUCAUGUUUACUGCCAUAUUGAAAAAGGAAACUUGAUUAUUUUUUGUAAAAUGUAUUUUUGAUUGGCUUGUAUUUACAUGUGAUCUGCUGACCUGGCAGAUGGAGAUAAUUUUUAGAUGAACAAAAUGUUAACUUUUGUCACUCUUGAAGUGGUGUAUUCUGAAUUUUGUCAGCAUGUGGAAUAAUUGCUUCAUUGGAAUGUCUUUCCUAAAAAGGAUCAAGCAAUAAUGUCAACCAGUUCUCUUUAAAAAAACAAGUAAAAAUAUUGUAAAUACUGUUUUUAUAACAAAAAAGGAAGGGAAGAGGGAGGAUGUUACGCUCAUAUCAGGGUUCCAGUUAAUUGUUGAAUGUCACUUUAAUAGCAGUUCAGAUAGUCCCACUUCAUAUUUUUAUUUGUUAAUCUGUAAAUACCAGGUUUAAGUUUUUAUUUUUAUGCUGAUCUCGUGGGAUAACCUAAAUGUGAUCUUGAGUUUCUCAGCUGAUUUCCUGCCUUUCCUUUGGCAAGACGUGCUGAUAGCGGAGUAGAGACCUCCUGGACCACACGGGUGUUUGGGUAUCCCUAAUUCUCAGAUAUUCCUGUCCCUGGACACUCAUUCUGGAGCACCACCCACCACAGCCAUGGAAGACAGACUCGAUUCUUGCCCCAGAUAAGUGCUCUUCCAGUACCCUUUAAAAGUGCAGUAGCCCAGGGAGGGAGGUGACUCCAGGUGCUCCUCAGGCUCAACCAGGAAAAAGUGGGAGAGGGAAAAGGAGAGUGGAGAGCUCUCCUCACCUGGCAGAGCUCCUUGGGCUGCAUUCCCCACAUCCUGUUGGGGGGCUGCUCUGGAUACAAACCAUAAAGCACCAGCACUUCAGCUCCUUUUCCUUUUUGUCUUUUUUUUCCCCCCCAAUCAGCGUUUUGGGAGCGUGGCUCCCGUGGGGCCUGCCCAGGCCAAUGUCUGUCAGGCUUGGAGCUGCCAAAACCAUGUGCCAAUUCACCUCAUGGAGGAGUCAUUUGGGGGAGGAUUUGCAGUCCCAAUCUGCAGGAAAUAGCAGCAGGAUGGCAGGAGACGAGUUCCAUCUGCACAUCUCUCGCUCCCGGGUUGUAUUCCGGUGGCAGCUCCCUGUGCUCCCUGGAGAUGAGCUGGAGACAUCUGUCUGAUGUAAAAGUCUUUUCCCUGUUGCUUUGCCCUGUUUCUCAUGGGAGCUGUUGCCACUGUUAUUUUGGAAGCCCCUCUGCUCCCCGCAGAGCAGCGAUCCCCAGGAUUCCGAUGGAAUUUUGGGAGGGGCCGUGUCAGUGCAGCCACCACCAUUGAGCAGCUCCUUUUAAAACCUUGCACAGCUUUCUUUCCCUGCCCUUUAGAUGAUGGUGGAAAAGGUGAGUCUUGGCGUGUUUUUUUGGGAUAUAUUCCCGUGGCAGCACCCAAGGGUUCCGUGGGCGUGUCCCAGGUGUGACACUGACCUGGGCCAGCCCGAGCAGCACGUGCAGGUGAGGAGGAUGAUGGUGGCUGCUCCUCCCACGUCCAGAAAUCAGUCCCUGCUCACAGGAACAUUCACACAGGCUGCAUUUUCCACUUCCACAGGUGACAGUGUUGUGUUCCACACAGUUGGAGGAUUUACUGGUUCUUGGUGCAGGCCAGAAAUUCUGUAACUGUUUGUGUUGAGGAAACUGAGGGGAUUGACACGAGGUUUCCACACAGCCCUUGAAUGUGUUUGCAUUUCCACGUCUGCUUGGACAAUGCACUGAAAUUACUGUAUUGAGUAGUUUAACCUACUACUGAGAAAUGUUUAAUGCUUAAAUGUCUAAUUAAAGAGCAUCUUUAGAAUGUUGUUGAAUGGGAAAGUGUUUUUUCUGCUAUUUCUUUAUAUUGUACAUGGAUUAAAUAUCGACUUCUCUUUGGGUUAUCACUCUGUAAUAAAAGACAUAUAAAUAUGUUAUUACUUCUUAAAUGAUAGAACAGACUGUAAUACACUUUAUAUAAUUCUA